AUGCUUGUGAAAACUUCCAAAGAUUCAAUCGAGUUGAAGCUUAAAGAGUUCAGUGACUUGUUUUCCAAAGAAGUUAAGAAGCUUGAUACAUUUUGUGUCAGAAUCAAAAACAAGGUUGAUGUUAUGAUUGGAUCCAAUCGUACAAUGAUAGAAGAUAUUCAUUCUUUCAACAAGGGUUACACUGACGAGAUGAAGCUCAAGACAGAAGCAGAUGGGAAGUUGUUUGUUAAUAUUGAGAAGUCUCUCAAGGGCAGAUUUCUUCAAUGCUUUCAUCUAAUGGUGGUUGGUUCGUUAAAGGAUAGUGGGGAAGAAAAAGGGAAACUCAUGGGGAAGCUGAUUUCUACCCAGAUUCUUACUUCCUUACCAAUGAAGGCAAUAAUGACAAUUUCUUCAAAUGUCAAAGUUGAACCGAGGAAAGACAACAACAUCCUUCCAAAUGUCAAAGUUGAUUUUUCCAAGCUGCAAUCUAAGAAAUGGAUAAACAUAGGGGAAGAAGAAGAGAAAAAGAAGUUACAAGAACUCAAGACGGAAAAAUUAAGGCGGCUAAACAGUAUAAUGAGGCAAAGAGUGAAUGAUCCACCAGGUCUCAACAAGGGUGAUCCUAACAAAGUAUGGCGUUAUGAAAUGAUUGAAAGCACAACUUUUAGCAAAGAUGAAGAUUUUUUUGUAAAGCCAAAGUAA